AUGCUUAGUGAAAAAUAUUUAAGAUUGGCAAGAAUUUUUAUAGCAGAAACAAUCGGGACUGCAAUUUUAUUGUUUAUAAACUGUUUAGGAUGUGUCGACAAAUUUGAACAUUUUAAACCUUCAAUUUUUACUGCAUCUUUUGUUGCUGGUAUUGCAUUGAUGGUUUCAAUUAAUAGUUUUGCUACAAUAUCUGGUGCUCAUGUAAAUCCAGCCGUAACGCUUGGUGCAUUAAUCUUUGGAAUGAUCAGUUACGCUGAUGCCGUACUUUUUGUGAUUUCUCAACUAAUUGGAAGUGUUUUCGGACAUGCUUUAGUAAGAGUCCUAAUUGAUUCUGUUUAUAUGUCACAUCCAAGAAAUUUCUGUGUGAAUUCUCCACACCUUGAAGACGAAAAAGCUUUAGCAAUAGAAUUUAUCAUCACUUUCAUAAUGAUGUGCAUAGUAUGUGCAGUUUGGGAUCCAAAAAACGAAAGAUUUCAAGAUAGUGCAUCUUUGAGGAUAGGAUUAACAGUUUCGGUUUUGGUGCUAAUAGCCGGGAAUUUUAGUGGUGGAUGUAUGAAUCCAGCUAGAAGUUUUGGACCAGCAUUUUAUAAUGGUAACUGGAAAAAUCAUUGGAUUUACUGGGUUGGGCCAAUGCUUGGAUCUUUUGCUGCAUCAAUUUUAUUCAAAAAAGUUCUUAUUGAGCCAGAAAAAUAUAAAGGAAGUCAAAAUGUAACGCACGUGAGUGGUGAAGAUGAGCAACUUGAGCAAAUUAAAUAA